GUUGGGGAUUCUGGUGCCGGGGUGGGAGCCCCUGCACCACAUCCGCUCUGUCCCUGCCCCGCGCGUCUUCCGCGGGUUGGGUGUUGGUGUCGCUGUCGCCGGCCCCAUCGCCUCCUCUGUCUCACAUUUCUGUAGAAGCGAAGUACCCUUCGCCUCCUGUUCAAGGAAGGGUACCCGGGACCCGUUUUUGUUUUUCUCCUGCAACUCUCAUUUUUCUUAUCACCUGAGUUUGUAAAUUUUUGAAGUCAGAAAGCAGAUUUUCAUUUGGGAAGAGACGUCCUGUAAUGUAUAAUACAAACUGUGAGACCAGCCAUGUUAAGCACUUGACGUGGGUUAUAUAAUCCACAUAGCAAUCUAAAGGAUUUUUAUGACGCUUGGAUGCUACUCCUGACAUGGAGAAGAUUGAGGAACAGUUUGCUAAUCUGAACAUUGUUAAACGUUCCUCAGAAACUAAAGAGCCUGCUUACUUGCUUAGUAUAGCUACAUCAAAAGCUGUACAAGGAGAAAAAGAAAACUUUGUUGCUGUUUUAUGUUCUAAUGGAUCAAUCAGAAUAUAUGAUAAAGAAAGGUUAAACAUACUACGAGAAUUUAGUGGAUAUCCUGGGCUUCUUAACGGAGUUAAAUUUGCAAAUUCUUGUGACAGUGUAUAUUCAUCAUGUACCGAUGGCACUGUAAAGUGUUGGGAUGCUCGAUUAGCCAGUGAAAAACCUGUCCAGCUGUUCAAGGGUUACCCUUCCAAUAGUUUUAUUAGUUUUGAUAUCAACUGUAACGAUCAUGUCAUUUGUGCUGGUACAGAAAAAGUGGAUGAUGAUGCAUUGUUGGUAUUUUGGGAUGCAAGAAUUAAUUCUCAGGAUUUGUCUACUACUAAAGACCCACUUGGAACAUAUUCAGAGACUCAUAGUGAUGAUGUCACUCAAGUGUGCUUCCAUCCCAACAAUCCCAACAUGGUAGUCUCGGGUUCAACUGAUGGCCUGGUAAAUGUAUUCGAUAUUAGUGUUGAUAAUGAAGAAGAUGCACUGGUUACAACCUGUAACUCCGUUUCAUCAGUAAGCUGUAUUGGUUGGUCUGGGAAGGAUUAUAAACAGAUUUACUGCAUGACGCAUGAUGAAGGAUUUUGUUGGUGGGAUCUUAAUCAUCUGGAUACUGAUGAACCAAUUACAUGUUUGAACAUCCAGGAUGUCAGAGAAGUAGUUAAUCUGAAAGAAGGUAUUUUGGACUAUUUAAUUGGUGGCCUAUAUCAUGAAAAAAUGGACAAAUUGUUUCUUGUUGGAGGAACAAACACAGGAAUUAUUCACUUGAUGAGCUGCACUAUAUCAGGAUUGAUCCAUGUGACCAGCCUUCGUGGAGGGCAUGCUGCUACAGUCCGUUCUUUCUCUUGGAAUAUGCAGGAUGAUUCUUUGCUAACCGGAGGAGAAGAUGCACAGUUGUUACUUUGGAAACCUGGAGCAAUAGGGAAGACAUUUACAAAGAAAGACAGCAUGAAAAUAGCAUCCUCUGUGUCCCAGCGAGUUCGAGUUCACAGUAAUGAUUCUUACAAGAGAAGGAAAAAGCAGUGAUGUUAUGUUGGGAGUUUACUUGAGAGGCUUUAUAGUUACGAGUAGUUAUUUUUGUGUACUACCUGUGAUAGAUAUGUUUAAAGCUUAUAUGUAAAAACAAGCCAGUUAGCAAACAAUCCUGGAAAAAUGUUGGAAAUGGUUUAAUUCAGGUCUUCAUGUAUUCUAAAAUUAUUUUUUUUAAAGCUGCCAGUUGAGUAUAUAAUCAGUGAGUUGAAAGUAAAAUUACAUUCCUCAUUUUUAAAACCCAUCUGUUGAGUUAGUAAAUGUUGGGUUUAAAGAAAUAGCUUUGAUAAGGACUUUUUAGAAGUAGAUGGCUGGUGUGACUUUAAAAAAAUCAGGUGGUUUGAGCUAUGUGUUUUAAAUUCAGUUUUUUUUUUUUUACAUUUUAAAUCAUCUUCAUUAUUUAUAAAAUCAAAUCAGACUGUUUUCUGUAGGAGCUCCCACUUGCUUAAUACACAUAGAUUAUGUUGGAGUAUUUAAAUGUAAAUAUUCUAAUGAUUCUAAAUAGAACUAAAGUUUUUUAGAAAUAAAAUGAUUUGCAUCUAUUUAAGAAAAAUAUAUUUAGUAUAUAUUUGCAUCUAUCUG